UGUCAUCAGUGAGCUGGUGUGUGGUGUCAGAGGAGAGAGAGGGACGCACUGCACGGGACUGAGCUUCUUUUUUUUUUUUAAUUAUUGCUGCACAUCAUUUGUGUUUUAUGAUCAAAUAUUUGUUUUGGACAAGUUUUUAUUUGUAAACCUGAAGAUGCCAGCCGGUACUUUAGAGAGGACGUCUCCCACCGCCGCAAGUGAGGACUGCAAACCCGAAAAACCCCGGAGUGUCACAGAGAACAGAAAGUCCUCCAAACCAAUCAUGGAGAAGCGGAGACGUGCUCGCAUCAAUGAGAGUCUGGGCCAGCUGAAGACUCUCAUCCUGGUCGCACUCAAGAAAGAUAGCUCCAGACACUCCAAACUGGAGAAAGCGGAUAUCCUUGAGAUGACUGUGAAGCACCUCAGGAACUUGCAGCGACUUCAGAUGACCGCUGCUGUGAACACAGACCCAUCCGUCCUGGGUAAAUACAGAGCCGGGUUCAGCGAGUGUGUGGGAGAGGUCACCCGUUUCCUCUCCACAUGCGAAGGGGUGAACACAGACGUGAGGACUCGUCUUCUCAGCCACCUGGCAUCCUGCGUGACCCAAAUCAACGCUGUGAACUUCUACACACCUCACCCAGGUGCCUUGGGACUCGGACAGACAGGUGCACAGAUUCAAGCUGCCUCUGCUCCACAGAUGCCUUGCAAAAGUGGCUCAUCAAUGCACGCUUCCCCCGAAGCGAUGAAGGUGUUCGGGGGCUUCCAGGUGGUGCCAACAGCGGAUGGACAGUUUGCUUUUCUUGUUCCCAGCGCAUCUCUCGUGCCUCUUGGGGCACAAAACAGCCAUCACAUGUCACCUGUUGCGCCUCGGGUCACCUUAGACUCUGUGUGGAGACCAUGGUAGGAAAUCAGCUCAACUGAUUUCUUUUGGGGAAAAGGACUAUCACACGCUAAAACAUAUUUUUGUACAUUUUGUAAAUGUUUUUGAAAACCUACUUGAGAGGGAUGUUUACACACAUUUGUGUUUUUUAUAAGGACAUUAGGAAAUAUUCAUGUCCUCUUGCUUGUUGUUAUUUUCCCUGUUUUUGAUAUGACACCUUUGCCUUAAGCAAUUCAGGAAAUCCCUUGAAAAGCUCUG